AUGUUUAUGCCAUUUGAAGUUAAUCUGGAAUUCUAUGACGCUGAACGGUGUGCAGUCGACAUGAUGGUCUCAGCGAGAAAUGGUGGCGCAAAUGAAUUUUCAGAGACAACGGACGACUUGUCGUAUCUCUACAAGUUAACCGGCAGGCUGCUGGAGAUGUUGGACAAAAUCACCGCCACGGUAGACGAUGUAAUUGCAGGCAAACUACCAACUGACAACGAAACUGGUCUCGCCAUUGCCCGCCUUCUUUUUGCAACACCCAAAUUGGACUCGGACAACGUGGAGGAGUUGAUUAGUUCCAGUUUCAAGGACCUCCUUAUGGUUACCUACCUUACUGACCUUAUACGUUCGCAUAUAAAGCUGCUAAAUCUUGCCCAUUGA